AUGACUUCCAGAUUGGAUCGCCUGGUCACGUUGUUGGAGACGGGCAGCACCGCUCUGAUCAGAAACACUGCCGCCCAGCAGUUGGCAGACGUGCAGAAGCAGCAUCCAGAUGAGUUGUUUAAUCUACUCGGGCGCAUCCUGCCCUAUCUCAGAUCCAAGUCGUGGGAUACCAGGACCGCUGCCGCCAAGGCUAUCGGUCUCAUCGUGACGAAUGCGGACAUUUUUGAUCCUAACCAGGACGACGGACAGGCCAUCAAGAAGGCCGAAGAUGACGACGACUACGACGAUGGCGUGGAGAUUAAAUCCGAAGAGCAGCAGCCGCCAUCACCGGACGAGCCGCUGCUUCAGCUGGAUCGCCUGGAUAUUACCUCCAUCUUAAAGUUUGGUAAGCGGCUACUGGGUAGUGCCGGCAAGGAGUAUGAGUAUUCGCUGGGUGCUAUGGACCCAGCCUCGCGGCUGAAGCACCAGAAGAAGACUUUGAUUUCGCGACUCGGUUUGGCAGGGGAGUACAUCGAGGAGGACCUGAUCGACGAUACCGACUUGGUUUCGAAACCGGCAGCACCGACACCCAAAAUCGAUACUUCCGUGGCCCGGGACACCAGCUUGCAGAGUGCUGCUCCUAAGACUCUACCGUCACCAAAUGAACCCGCCAACGGGGAAGAGCCAGGAUUGAGCAAGCGGCAGUUGAACCAGCUAAAACGGAAGAACAAACAGAGUGCUAAGAUGGGUGCCAACAAAGUCCGUGUCGUUGAUUUGGGUGCUCGAAGGCCAUCGGAAAAUGUUACGACACCUUCAGUUACGACUCCCCACCCUGUUAAGACAGAGAAUGGCGAGAACGGCGAAUCGAAGAACGACUACUUCUCUCUCGAGCGACCAGAGGGCGAUGAUGACUCGAAGCUUGUCACCGAGUUCAAGGGAGCCGAUGCCCCCGAGAAGCCGCUACUGCAGCCUGAAACGACAGAGGAUGGCGAAAACCCUGGAUGGCCAUUCGAGCACAUGUGUGACUUUUUGAUGGUGGAUAUUUUUGAUCCGAACUGGGAAGUUCGCCACGGUGCGGCCAUGGCCCUUCGAGAAGUAAUUCGUGUCCAGGGUGCUGGUGCCGGGCGCAUGGACGGAAAGAGUAGAUCAGAAAACGAUGUUCUGAAUCGUAAAUGGUUAGAUGACCUAGCUUGUCGUCUUCUCUGUGUGCUCAUGCUCGAUCGUUUCGGGGAUUACAUCUCAGAUAAUGUCGUUGCGCCUAUUCGCGAAACAGUGGGCCAGACAUUGGGUGCUCUUCUAUCACAAUUGCCAUCUCGGUCUGUCGUCUCCGUUUACAGAUGCCUCUACCGGAUCGUCAUGCAAACCGACCUAGGUCUCGAUCGCCCGAUCUGGGAAGUGUGCCAUGGUGGUAUGAUUGGCCUGAGGUAUUUGGUGGCGGUCCGCAAAGACUUGCUCGUCAAGGACUCAAAGCUUAUGGAUGGUGUUCUGAAGGCGGUCAUGAAGGGCCUGGGCGAUUUCGAUGACGACGUUCGUGCAGUGAGUGCUGCUACGCUUGUUCCGAUUGCGGAGGAAUUCGUCACUUCUCGUCCUGGCACUCUGGGUCUCUUGAUGAAUAUUGUCUGGGACUGCCUUUCCAACUUGCAGGAUGACCUUAGCGCCAGUACAGGAUCUGUCAUGGAUCUUCUCGCGAAGCUUUGCACGUUCCGCCAGGUUUUGGAUGCAAUGAAAGCAAACGCUGCCGAUGACCCCGAGUCCUCAUUUGGCAAACUGGUUCCUCGUCUUUACCCCUUCUUACGGCAUACCAUUACAAGCGUCCGCUCCGCUGUUCUUCGAGCUCUUAUGACUUUCUUACAACUGGAAGGCGAGGGUACAAACGACUGGGUAGAUGGCAAAGUGUUGCGAUUGAUCUUCCAGAACCUGCUGGUGGAGCGCAACGAGGGCGUGUUGAAGCUGUCGCUCCAGGUCUGGUCAGAGUUGCUCAAAGCUCUGGAGAGCCGUGGGUCUUUCAAGUCGGAUACCGAACUUCUGGGCCAGAUUACACCGCUUAUUACCCUGACCAUGGGUCCUUUCGGUGUCCCCCGCUACCCUAUCGCCAUGAAUGCUUCGCUCUUCAUCAAACCCUCCGGUCUGCCUUUCCCGAUGAGCGCUUCUGCUCCAGCAAAAUCCUCUCCAAGCGCCAACAACGUCAACACGGAGGCACCGACAAAGGGGCGUAGGCGCAAAUCAGAGAAAAAGGAAGCAGCCGCAGCCGCAGCAGCUCCACCUCCUCCACCAUCGGCCCAUAAUGUCGACGGGCAUAUGCUGCAAGGUGACAUCGACUUGGUUGGUACCGAUACAAUGCUCAGGUCGAAGAUUUACGCGGCCAAGGCACUCGGCCACCUGCUAUACUUCUGGGAUAAGAACGAGCUGCAGGAUCUCUGGCAAUCUAUCAUCGAUGGGCUCAGCUUUACCGCAUCUACUUCGCAGCUUUCGUCGGCCAUGGUUGUUGAGGAAUACGCCAGACAUGCGGGACCUAGUAGCAAGUUUACUCCUACCCUGUGCGAGCGCGUGCGUCCAAUCCUCGAAGGAGAACGCCCCUUGUGGUACAGCGACAUUGCAUGCUAUUUGCAUGUUGCUCGUGCUCAGUGCCACUCCUUGCUCAAUGCAUUUAGAGAUCAUGCACACGUUCCUUCCUCAAGACUUCCGACUCUUGCUGUUAUUGUCCAGGGCGAUGCCGAGGCUGGUCCCAGCGCGUUCUCUUUGUCGGACGCUGAGAAGGUGGUUAGUGCUGAUUUCGAGCGGUUGAAGAAGAGCCUAACUCCCGCUCAACGUGUCACUGCUCUUCAAGUAUUGAACGACACUCGUGCAACUGCUGAAGCUGCUAUUAAUGAGGCUAGAAACGUUAGAUUGCAGAGAGACUUGCGUGUUCGAGCCGCAGCUGCAGGUGCGCUGGUUGCUUUGCAGGACAUUCCCAAGAAGCCUGGUCAUAUAAUCAAGGGAAUGAUGGACAGCAUUAAGAGCGAAGAGAACGCAGAGCUCCAGCAACGUUCUGCCACUGCAGUUGCUUCUCUGGUUGAAUACUAUACAAAGGCUACGAAGCGUGGCCCGGUGGAUAAGGUCAUUGGAAACUUGGUUAAAUACUGCUGCGUUGACACUUCCGAAACCCCCGAAUUCCACCACAAUGCCAACCUUGAGCGGUCAAUUCUAUCCCUCCGCAAGGAAGAGGACCGGCGGGAUCACCCAGACGCUGCCAAAUUCGAAAGGGAGGCCAAGGAGGCGAGAAUUAUGCGCAGGGGUGCCAAGGAGGCUCUGGAACAGCUCACUGUUAAAUUCGGAGCUGACCUUUUGAACAAAGUCCCCAACCUUGCCUCGUUGGUUGAACGGCCACUACGAGAUGCACUUACCGGCGACGAGCUUCCGCAGAAUAUUCACGACCCAGACAACGAGCUCGGCCAGGAGAUCGUGGACGGUUUAUCUACACUACGUGCCCUUCUUCCCAAGUUCCACACUGGGCUUUAUCCUUGGGUCGUCGAUCUCAUGCCUAUUAUCGCCAAAGCGCUUCGAUGCCGCUUGUCUGUUAUCCGAUACGCUGCUGCAAAAUGUUUUGCCACUGUUUGCAGUGUCAUCAGUGUCGAGGGUAUGACUAUGCUGGUGGAGAAAGUGCUGCCUACUAUAAAUGAUACGCUGGACGUGCACAAACGCCAAGGAGUCGUCGAGUGUAUCUAUCACUUGAUCCAUGUCAUGGAGGAUGGAAUUUUGCCAUAUGUUAUCUUCCUCGUCGUCCCUGUUCUCGGCAGAAUGAGCGAUUCAGAUAAUGAUGUGAGACUGUUAGCCACAACAUCAUUUGCCACAUUGGUUAAACUUGUACCCUUGGAAGCUGGAAUACCAGACCCUCCCGGUCUUUCGGAGGAGCUGUUGAAGGGACGUGACCGUGAAAGAAACUUCAUGUCUCAGAUGCUGGAUCCCCGAAAGGUGGAGGAAUUCAAGAUGCCCAUCGCAAUCAAGGCCGAGCUUAGACCCUACCAACAGGAUGGUGUUAACUGGCUUGCUUUCCUCAAUCGCUACAAUUUGCACGGUAUUCUUUGCGACGACAUGGGUCUUGGUAAAACCCUUCAGACCAUUUGCAUUGUCGCCAGUGAUCACCAUAUCAGAGCCGAUGAAUAUGCUCGCACGCAGAAACCGGAAUUUAGAAAGGCCCCAUCCUUGAUUAUCUGCCCGCCCUCGCUUUCUGGACACUGGCAGCAAGAGGUUAAGCAAUACGCUCCAUUCCUCAACUGCGUUGCCUAUGUUGGCCCUCCCGCCGAGCGUUCACGGUUGCAAGGUGCCCUUGACGAUGCCGACAUUGUUGUGACUUCUUAUGAUAUUGCUAGAAACGAUAAUGAUGUGCUGAACCCGAUUAACUGGAACUACUGUGUCCUGGAUGAGGGUCACCUCAUUAAGAACCCCAAGGCAAAGGUCACACUAGCAGUCAAGCGUCUCCCCAGUAACCACCGUUUAAUCCUCUCUGGAACUCCUAUUCAGAACAACGUGCUGGAGCUUUGGUCCUUGUUUGACUUCCUGAUGCCCGGAUUCCUUGGUACCGAAAAGGUUUUCUUGGACCGAUUCGCCAAGCCAAUCGCGGCAAGCCGAUUUAGCAAGUCGUCAUCCAAGGAGCAGGAGGCAGGCGCACUGGCAAUCGAAGCAUUGCACAAACAAGUCCUUCCGUUCUUGCUCCGACGUCUGAAGGAGGAGGUGCUCAAUGAUCUGCCACCAAAGAUCAUCCAGAACUACUACUGUGACCCAAGUGAGCUCCAGAAGAAACUGUUCGAGACAUUCACCAAGAAGGAGCAAAAGAAUCUUGCGGAGAAGGUUGGAAGCUCCGAAAAAUCCGACAAGGAGCACAUCUUCCAAGCUUUGCAGUACAUGCGCCGUCUUUGUAACUCUCCUGCGCUGGUCGUCAAGGAAGGGCACAAGCAGUACAACGAAGUCCAAAACUACCUUACCAACAAGAACUCACAUGUCCGGGAUGUCUCGCAUGCGCCUAAGCUUAGUGCCUUACGCGAUUUGCUUCUCGACUGUGGUAUCGGUGUCAACCCUUCGUCUGGAGGCGAGUUGGAUCCUGGCGCUAGCUACGUGAGCCCCCACAGAGCUCUGGUAUUCUGCCAGAUGAAAGAGAUGCUUGAUAUCGUGCAGACAGAGGUUUUCCGAAAACUGCUCCCAUCUGUUCAGUACUUGCGUUUGGAUGGUGGUGUCGAAGCUACCAAGCGCCAGGAUAUUGUCAACAAAUUUAACUCGGAUCCUAGUUACGACGUGUUACUGCUGACCACGAGUGUUGGUGGACUGGGUCUGAACCUUACUGGUGCCGAUACUGUCAUUUUCGUGGAGCACGACUGGAACCCUCAGAAGGAUAUCCAAGCCAUGGACCGAGCUCAUCGUAUUGGUCAGAAGAAGGUGGUUAAUGUUUACCGAUUGAUCACUCGGGGUACUUUGGAAGAGAAGAUCUUGAAUCUCCAACGCUUCAAGAUCGACGUGGCUUCUACGGUGGUCAAUCAACAAAACGCCGGUUUAGGUACAAUGGACACAGAUCAACUACUAGAUCUAUUCAAUCUCGGCGAAACAGCCGAAAGUGCCGAGAAACCUUCAGACGCGGCCGGCAACGAGGUUGACAUGGUGGACAUUGACGGCGAGGUCAAGGAGAAGGGCAAGAAGGGCUGGCUCGACGAUCUAGGCGAGCUCUGGGACGACCGACAAUACCAGGAAGAAUACAACCUGGAUUCAUUCCUGGCCACCAUGAAAGGAUGA